GGGUCCAUCCCCACAGAGAUUGGGAAAGCAAGUUCUCUUGAAUAUAUUGUCUUGUAUGCAAACAGAUUGUCAGGAAGUCUUCCCAGUGAAUUGAUGCAGCUUCCAAAGCUGCAGUUGCUAUCACUGUUCGAAAACUCUUUCCAAAGCACAAUCCCUACAGAGCUAGGUCAAAUAUCUGGUCUGGUUCUGUUUUCAGUUAGGGAUAACCAGCUCACUGGUACAGUGCCAAGUGAACUCGGCCUCCUUACCAGACUUGCCUUCACUCUCAACCUACGUAGCAACCAACUCUCAGGAACCAUUCCUUCAGAGCUUGGGCUCUUCUCAGGGCUGGCAGAGCUAGAACUCAGAGACAAUCAUUUCACCGGCCAGAUUCCCAGUGAAUUUGGUCAGCUGAAGUCCAUGGGCCACCUGACGUUUGCAGGAAAUGAUCUCUCUGGGACCCUGCCGGAAGAGCUUGGAGCUCUACAACAGUCCCUUCAUACUUUGAGGAUGGAGGACAACCCACAGCUGUAUGGUACGAUUCCCGCUGGUAUUUGCAAUCUCAACAAUACUUGUGUCUCCAACUCAAUUGAUGUAUGUGAGGGUCCAUUUGGUUUGUCUUUUGACUGCUCUGGUGUGCUUUGUGGCUGUGGUUGCAUUUGCGAUGAGAGAUGAUUACUGGAGUGAGGGCACCAUAUGCACCAGGAAGUCAUAGAAUAGAUUUUAGAAUUACGUUUGCUACUAGCUAGUUUUGGAGUGUAAAAGAAAAUGUGUUUACCAACAAUGAGACUCCAAAGUCCGUCCAACUGGCUAGCUAGCGUACCUGGCUAUGACAGAAUUUCUAAGCUUGGUCUUUCUCCUCGCGAUCAGUGCGUCAACGGUACCGUAAUGGGAGUCUGGUGGGUGGCUCUGACUCGUUUGAUGAGAAGAUGAGAAGCAUUUUUAAAAAACAAACUUUGUUCCUGAGAAUUCUCUGGUUGACCAAUCAAGAAGAUCUUCCUUGGUCGAUUUUGCAGGAACCUCCUUUUGGUACCGGAAAAUGGCCUUCGCAGUCGAAUGAUGGCAGAGGGCGAGCCCACAGAUACCCCUGCAGCAACCAUAAAGCCCAGAAGUGUGCAAAUGAGCUGCGGGAGACAUUUUGUGCUCGUUACCGGAGGCUCCAAAAGAUCGUUACGUGCUUUGAUUUGUACUUAAACGUCGCCGCUGCGUCGCCUCAUUCGGAUGUUGUGACACUUCAGCGCAAACUCUGAAACGAAACCAGAAAGUCCGGACCAAUGCAGUUCCACUUCAACUCUGACUAUCCUGGGUUGACAGCAGAAGCUGUGUCCCUUGGGCUGGAUGUGGGUGUCGCCGAGGCAAAAGUGUUUGCAUCUGAUCCCAGAGAGUUCCCACCCGCCCAACCAAUCCCCUGUGCUCGGAUCACAACUCGGAUCUAUCGCCCUGAUCGCAAUGAAGUCAAAACAGUGCAGAAUGUACUCGUCAGAAUCAUGCCAAGACCACAGCAGCCCAGCAACUCUAUAGGCGACAACUCAUCCAUGAGUAGCGAUGACUUGUCCGUUUCCUCAUCCACCUCAUCCACAACCACCAUGAGUGACAUGUACAUGGAAGAGGCAGUUGAUGGUGGCCCAAUGAUGUCUGGACAAAGUCAAACGCCGGUGGAUGAAACUCAUGAAUAUCGGGCAUACUGGAUCCAACGGACACUGAGGGAAGCAAUCUAUGGCCGUGUUUUGUUUGCAACUGUGUUGAGGCGACGGAGCUCCCACCACACCAAUGACAACAAUGCAGACUGGGAAGUCACCUCUGAGUUUUGUGCCAUCAAGGAAAUGUCCCAGCAACUCAUUCGAAAGGAAAAGGAUAGAUUGGCAGAAGAUCCAAUCAAGGAAGUUUCGGCCAUGCAGUACCUAAAGCAAUGGCAUGAAAGCCACAAUGGCAACUCCACAACUGGUGGAAUGGAGGCAUCCAAUCACUCUGUCAUGGAUACGCAUAUCAUGAUGCCACUUGACUUGCUCUCUGAUGAUAUCAAUCUGUAUAGCAUUAUGCCAUAUUGCGAUGGAGGAGAGCUGUUUGAACGGUUAGACACCAAUGAACGGUUCUCAGAAGAUGAAGCACGAUACUGGAUGCAUCAGCUACUGUCGGGUCUGGAAAGCUUGCAACGUGCUGGGAUUUGCCACCGUGACAUUAGCCUUGAGAACUUGCUGGUGCAUCAGAACAAGGCUCUUGUGAUUGACCUAGGCAUGUGUCUGCGAGUUCCUCUAUCAGACAAGAACAGCUCUCUCACCAAUUCGAAUGCACAUGGUAGUACCUUUGUAAUAGAUGGCAAGGUACAGUCCCGGUCCUUGCUGCGACCACAGGGCACUUGUGGUAAAUGGAUCUACAUGUCCCCUGAAAUCUAUUCGAACAAGGAACCCUUUGAUGGCUAUGCAGUGGACUUGUGGGCAGCUGGAGUCAUUCUGUUUCUCAUGUUGACUGGCUUUCCUCCUUGGGAAUGUGCUUGUACGACCGAUUUGAGGUUCAAGUACAUGACGGGAGGAUACUUGGUGCAAAUGCUGACCGAGUGGGAACUUGGUUUGAGCUGUGAUGCCAUGGAUCUGUUGCAACGCAUGCUGUUUUUGGAUCCCAAGGAUCGAUUGAGUCUGGAUCAAGUUCGGGCACAUCCUUGGAUGCUGACCGGCUGAUAUACUUUGAUUUAGUUAGGCAAUAGUAGCCAGAGAACUUUCACUAGAACGUUAGAACCACGCAUUCCAGUGCCUUGUUGGAUCUUUGUUGCAUAGUACUGUUCCAUACACAAGUAAGUUUCUGUGGCACCGAUCGACAAGUACUAUCGUUCUAGUCCGGUCUAUGGCUGCUGCUUCGGGUGGGUUUUCUCUUGUUUCUGAAAGUAAAGGCUUGGCCUCUAGCCUGUGGUUCGGUGCGGGGUUGUCAAGGCUUACAGUACCGGUACCACCCGUGGUCGUCUAACAAUCCAAGGUAGACCCUUUGAAACUUCCUCUCACCUUUACGUUUCCUUGCCAAGUACCAGUAUACGGCGGGUUGGCCAAGGUCGAUCGAUCCCUAACCUUACAAGCCAUUCAACCGCGCCAAAACGCCACCAACCACAGACACUGGACCCCCACCUCCAACCGCCCCACCAAGCACGACCUUUUCUUUGACCUUGACGAAUUCUCUUAGUAUUUGUUGUCCCCUGACGAGUAAAACUAGCUAGACUCUCUGGCCAGUAGACAAGAUGGACGACGACGAGGACUCCGUGGAGAGCAUCCAUUCUGAGGAUAGUAGUAGUAUUUCCGAGGAAGAGGAGGAAAGUGAUGAUGUGGAGU